AUGCAAAAGAAUACUGGUUCGUGGGCUGGUAUGAGAAGAAGACCGACAUGCAAAAGCAUUCGAGUGAACGAGGCAGGCAUGCCGGACACAAAAAACUCAUAUUAUGUUGUAAAAAAGAAGUACGGCAGUCACCCGCACUGUGAGCCGCCACUGGGACUCAUGAAAUGCCUAUCUUAUCUGACACGAGAUGGUCAUCCCAUUGGGAAUGCAGUGCUCUCAUACAAAUGUCUGGAAAACUGUCGCUUACAGCCUCGUCCGCACGGAAACAGCAAGCGCCGACAGAAUAUACCGUACAUGAGGACAUAUCCGUCAACGCUGAUGAAAGUAAGAGAGCAGCUGAACUCGCGCAGUCCGGCCGCCGUCUGGAAUGAACUAUCGAUGGAUUCGAGCGGCCACUCGGACGUGCAGGCAAUAUUACGCGAUCGAAAACAAGUCUAUAAUGCACGAAUGCCCCGAAGAAAAUCUUCCGAUCCAGAAACUUUGGAUGAGAUUAAUUUUCUAAAAUCUCGUUUGGCAGCGCUGGAGGAACAGAACAACAAGUUAAUAUAUACCAACGCUAGCUUGAUGGAACUGGUGAACGAUCUGCGCAUGAUGGAGCUGCCGCAUUCCAGACUGAUGGCUUAUUCAGUACAGCCGGUGGAACAUUCAACUCCGGCAGAUGUCUACAAGCAAGAAGCAGAGACCCAAGUGAGAGGGCGCAAACGAUGCGUUCAGGAAUGUCAUCUGCGAAAUCCCAGCAACGUAAAUCAAUCAACAUGCUUUUCAGCUGUUCCUGGACAUGGGUACUAG